AUGGACGAAACAGAAAUCUUGGACAACAUAGACGGCCGCAUGCAUGGACCCAUGCCCGGUUUUAUGGCAAAGUUCUUUGGAGAACCUACCUGCACUCACCGAGACAAUAGAUCGGAGGUCCAGUCAGUUGCUCCAACUCCCGACAGUUUCCUGCCAUGGUUUUCAAACUUUUUAUCAGAAAAAUACGGCGGUGACCGAGCUUCGUGGCACACAUUCAGCAAUACCGUAACGGCGAAUCAUGAGCAGUCUGAUUUGGGGACAAGUCUCCUCCUGACCAUGCCUCCUUCACCGACCCCAAACGCCCAGACCAGAUGGAGCCAUGCCCAAGUCAUUGGUCAGUUCUAUCAGGAUGAAGGCGUUGGUUAUCAACACGGACUGGUGCGUCUCUGUCAGUCCGCCCAGCAAGUCUUUGCUAGUCAGCCUACCCGAUUGUUCCUUCAUGGCUUUUACAUACGUGGUUCACAGAUGGAGCUUUGGGUCUUUGACAGAUCUGGGCUGUAUUGCAGUGAAGUGUUCGACCUUCAGAAAGAUUUCGAUCAAUUUGUCUUCAUCAUGAUUGGCUACGGCCAGAUGACCGACGAGCAACUAGGAACCCUACAACGAAUCAAGACUGACGAGGAAGGAAGCUACAUUACUCUCGAGAAUGUGGCAAAUUCAAACUUGGCGAAACUCUACCUAGAAUCCCAGCCCAUCGCCUGCCGUGAAGGCCUUGUCGGAACGGGGACAACCUGCUACCUUGCCAGGCCAUCUGGCUCGAAUCGCUGGAAUUACGUCUUGAAAUUCAAAUGGAGAUGGGCCAGACACCGCCCAGAGGACGAGCUGCUCCGGCUAGCCCAGGAAAAGUGCGGCCGGUGCGCCAUCUCCCUCGACCAUUACGAGGAAAUCAAAAGCACGGCAGAGUUGCGCGCAGGUCUCCGCUGGGGGACACAUGAAAGGUUUUCCAGCGAGCAGCACGCGGACAGCAGACGCAGAGGCGUUGAAGGCCUGCGUCAACCGACCGGACUAGCCGACUACACGGAGAAAACCGACAACUACUUCCAAAACCGCAUCCUCACUUGUGUCGUUACGUCUCCUGCCGGCAGACCGCUUGAGACCUUUCGAUCUCUGUUGGAGCUGCUUCAAGUAUUCCGUGACGCUGUCCAGUGUCACCGGUCACUCUACCGAGAGGCAGAGAUUCUACACCGGGAUAUCUCUGCGGGCAACAUGAUUAUCCUGGAUAACCAACAAGGGGGCGCGAAAGGGAUGCUGAUAGACCUUGAUGUCGCAAUACAUCUCGGAACCGAACUGGAUCGCGGACUAGGUAUUACCGGAACGAGACCAUUCAUGGCCAUUGGCGUCUUGAAGGGCCAUCAGAACACUUGCAGACACGACCUGGAGGCCUUUUUUUAUGUGUUUCUGUGGACAAUCAUAACCAAUCGCGGCGACGAUCCCCCGGAGGCGAGCAGGCUCCGCCAAUGGAGCAGGGGCACUUGGGACGAAUUGGCUGCACGCAAGUCUGGCGAUAUGGCCUGCGACGGAUUUGAAGAGAUUCUGGGCGAGUUUGCUUUAGAGUUUCACCCUCUAAAGCCACUUGCCGAAAGGUUUCGGGGGAUAUUAUUUCCUCUGCGAGAGGGGACCAUAUGGAUUGGCACUGAUACCGAUGCAGAAGCAGUGGACGAGCUGUAUGAGCAGGUGAUUUGCGCAUUCGAGGAAGCAAUACUUGGUCUUGAGUCCCACGAGUAG